AUGGCGACGGUGUCAGUUCAUGCUCUGAGCACUGGCCACAUCACAAUUCCUGAACGAUUUUUCGUGGUUCCAGCGGACCCCGUCGCGAAACGAACAGUACCUUCCUUGUCUUUCUUGGUUCAGCACAAGGAUGUGCAAAGUGGAAAAGUCACACGAAUUGUAUUCGACCUGGGUAUGAGACGGGACCUCAACCUCUACCCGACAGCCUUGACUAUCCACCUCACCAACCGGCAACCUGUCUCUACGCACCCAGAUGCGGUCGCUUCCCUGGCAGCUGGGGGCCUCCGCGUGAAUGACAUCGACUACGUGAUAUUCAGCCAUGUGCAUUACGAUCACGUUGGACUUCCAAAGGAUUUCGAUGACGAUAAGACAAAGUUCAUUGUAGGCAAUGGCGCUCUCGACCUCCUCAGCGGGAAGACGCAAUACGAUUUGGGGAAACAUGCGGUUUUCGAACCAGAUUUGCUCCCGCUAGAACGAACGAUUGAGUUACCUCCUCCAGACGGUGAUGGUGGGAACUCGCAAUUCUCGUGGAACCCAUUCGGAAAGUUUCCACAUGCGAUCGACUUCUUCAAGGACGGCAGCGUGUACAUUGUCAAUGCACCGGGGCACCUGCCCGGACAUAUCAAUCUGUUGUGCAAAAUCUCCAGCCAACCCUCGAAAUAUGUUUGCCUCGCUGGUGAUUCAUGCCACGAUGUUCGCCUGCUGACGGGAGAGUGCGACAUAGCGACAUGGACGGACGAAACAGGGAGAUACUGCUGCAUGCAUGUGGACAUCCCCCAGUCCAAGGAGACUUUGGCUCGGCUGUACUCGGCCUCCAAGGAAGGCAUCAAGGUAGAGGGAGAGGAGAAGCCGGCAGAGUUUGAAGUGAUCUUUGCACAUGACUUUGCGUGGGAGGAGAGGGCGAUAAAGGAGAAGAAGUUCUGGCCCGGGAAACUAUGA